UUAGUGAGAUGAACAAUCACAUACACGACACUGUGUCAAAAGUAUGGGGUUUGACUACUGACCUACCUGAAUUAGAAUCGCAAUCACAGUCCAGGAAGUGUCCCACUGACCGAGUGUUCGUGAAUCGUAGUUUGAGUUUGGACACAAUCAAAUACUAUGGCUUUGACAUGGAUUACACGCUGGCUGAAUACAGGACACCUUACAUGGAAGCCGAGACUGCUAAAUAUGCUUUUGAAAGACUGGUAGAACUAGGCUACCCUAAAGAGAUAGGGGACACCAAGUAUCUGGCUGACUUCGCAGUUCGUGGCCUCAUCUUCGACAAAAAGAUGGGAAACUUCCUCAAGCUGGAUCUACACGGUCUGGUUCUAACUGCUUGCAGAGGAACGAGGAAGUUAACUAGGAGGGAAAUAAGGGACGAAUACCCAACUAAAUUCUGCAAACUUUUCGAAAAAACACCUGAGGGAGAAAACCGAUUCCUUCAGCUGUUCGACACACUUUUCGAUACCCCCAAAAUAUUUGUAGUCAGUAUUGUUAUAGACUGGCUUGAAAAAUCAUCAAAUUACGCUAAAACGAACUCUGGUUACUUCGACAACUCCACUUCAUCUUUGUUGACCUACCCCACGGUAUGGAGUGACGUGUCGCUUGCGUUUGACAUGGUGCACAGUAAAGGACUUCACAGCAACAUCAUGAAGCAUCCUGACCUCUUCAUCGACAGGAACCCCAACUUACCCAAACUACUUGACUACCUUCAGAGCUGUGACAGAAAAGUCUUCCUCUUGACGAACUCUCCUUACCAGUUUACUGAUGUCGUUAUGAAGUAUCUUCUCGACGACCUCGCCGGGAAAAAGUGGACAGAUUACUUUGACUAUAUUAUUGUUAAAGCCUGCAAACCCAGAUUCUUCAACGAGGGAACCCCGUUUAGGCACAUAAACAAAACCACUGGCUCUGCUAACCUGGGUACUCAUCAUGCUGAUGAUAUGAUACAGGGAGAAGUGUACAGUGGUGGUAACUGUGACCUGUUCUGUCAACUGACCGGAGCUGAGGGUCCUGACAUCCUCUACUUUGGGGAUCACAUCUACGGGGAUGUGGUCCGCUCCAAGAAAACAAACGGUUGGAAAACUUUCCUCGUCAUCCCGGAGCUGAAACAUGACUUGGACGUGUGGACAAGUGAGACGAAGCUGUUCGAACGUCAUCAUCAGCUGGAGAGGAAGUUAGGAGAGUUCCAGGCAGCAUCAGGUCCCAGUCAGGACAGGGAGGUCAUCAGGAAACUAGAUCAGGAGAGGAAGACGUUAGUUGACGAGAUAGAUGCCCGCUAUAAUCCAUAUUUCGGCAGUACCUUCCGGAAGGGAGGCCGUCUCUCUUGCUUUGCUAACCAGAUGGACAAGUAUGCUGAUCUGUACGCCGCCACAAUUAACAACAUUAUCAACUACUCAUUGUCACAUCAGUUCUGGAGUCCUCCUAAACUUCUACCUCACGAACAAACGGUAGCUCAGCAACCGGGAGAUGCUUAGCAACAGCCAAUCAGUAUCUAGUGAAACGAGCAUGUAGUGACAUUCAGUAACAAUAAAUUCUGGGAAUUUUAGGAAAUUAGCAAUUCAACAUUAUAAUAUGAAUAUAGGAUAUUAACACUCCUCAUUUCACUUAGCAACACUUUACUACACA